GUUCCCCGUUCCAUAGUUUAUAUAUAUAUUGUUCAUACCUGUCGUUGAAGUCACACGUUUCGAACGGAAGGUAGUGAACAGACCUAAAAUUAUAAUUUCAUCGAACCGUUCAUCAGAAACAUCUAAGUAUGUAACAAAGAGUAUAAAACCGAUUGGAUCUACUGUAGAUUCGAAAAAGGUAGAAUUUUUUGCAAAAUUAAACAACAAAUGGUGGGAUCGGAAUGGUUAUUUAGCUCUUCUUCAUAUUAUGAAUAAUAUUAGAGUACAGUUUGUACAAGAUGGUUUAGCUAAAGCAGGCUUUAUCAAAGAUGAUACAAAUUUACCUUUAGAAGGAAUAAAGAUUGUGGAUAUUGGUUGUGGUGGAGGAAUACUCUCUGAACCAUUAGCUAAAUUAGGAGCAGAAGUAACUGGAAUAGAUAAUUCAUUGGAACUGAUAAAUGUUGCAAAGGAACAUGCCUCAUUAGAUUGUAAUUUAUCGGGAAGAUUAAAUUAUAUACAAACUACCAUUGAAGAAUUUGAAAAAGAAAAUAAAGAGAAAUAUGAUGCAGUGGUAGCUUCGGAAAUUUUGGAACAUGUAUUUAAUCAACAAUUAUUUAUUAAAUCGUGUUCAUCAAUUAUAAAACCUGGUGGAUCAUUGUUCGUUACUACCACAAAUAAAACUUUACAAUCUUGGUUGGCUGGAAUUGUGGCAGAGUAUAUAUUCAACAUUUUAGCAAUUGGAACAAAUGAGUGGAACAAAUUUAUUUCGCCAGAAGAAGUUCAAUGUUUCUUAGAAACUUGUGGUCUGAAGACAAAAAUAAUUCGUGGGAUGAUUUUUAAUCUAAUAAAAUAUGAAUGGUGUUGGUCAUCAAACGUUUCAAUGGGCUAUGCGCUUCAUGCAAUCAAACAGUGAUAAUCCAAAAUUGUUCGUAUAGUAAUGUUUAUUUGUUAUAAUAUAUAAUAUGUAAUUUACAAUAACAAAAAUUUACUUUUUUAAUAUAAUUUAGAUGUAUAAUAUGAUUUCUAUAACUAUCUACAUUUCUAUUUACAUUUAUAUAUAAUCAAAUAUAUGUAUUAAAUCAGUUUUUAAGAUAUACAAGA